AUGGCGGUCGGGGCGGCAGCGGCAGGGGCAGGAGACGGGGGGGCGCCCAACCCCGGCCCGGCGGCGGUCUCGCUGGGCUUGAGCGUGGCUGUGGUCUCCAGCCUGGUGAACGGAUCCACGUUCGUGCUGCAGAAGAAAGGGAUCGUGCGGGCGAGAGGACGAGGAACUUCAUAUUUAACUGACAUAGUAUGGUGGUCAGGCACUAUUGCAAUGGCUCUGGGUCAGAUUGGGAAUUUCUUAGCCUACACUGCGGUUCCAACCGUUCUAGUGACUCCCCUUGGAGCUCUUGGAGUUCCAUUUGGAUCCAUUUUAGCUUCCUACUUACUGAAAGAAAAACUCAACAUUCUUGGCAAGCUGGGCUGUCUGCUGAGCUGCGCAGGUUCUGUCGUUCUCAUAAUCCAUUCUCCAAAAUCUGAAAGUGUCACCACUCAGGCAGAGCUUGAAGAGAAGCUCACAAACCCAGUGUUUGUUGGUUACCUCUGCAUCGUCCUACUUAUGCUGCUUCUACUUAUCUUUUGGAUUGCACCAGCUCAUGGACCCACUAAUAUUAUGGUUUACAUCAGUAUUUGCUCAUUGCUAGGAAGUUUCACAGUGCCUAGCACAAAAGGCAUAGGACUGGCUGCCCAAGAUAUCUUUCACAAUAAUCCGUCAAGCCAAAGAGCACUGUAUCUCUGUUUGGUUCUGUUGGCGGUAUUAGGAUGUAGUAUCAUCAUUCAGUUCAGGUACAUAAAUAAGGCUCUGGAAUGUUUUGACUCUUCAGUGUUUGGUGCCAUCUACUAUGUGGUAUUCACCACUCUGGUCUUGCUGGCCUCAGCCAUCCUAUUCAGAGAGUGGAGUAAUGUUGGAGUGGUUGAUUUCUUAGGGAUGGCUUGUGGAUUCACUACUGUAUCUAUUGGAAUAGUUCUUAUACAAGUUUUCAAAGAGUUCAAUUUCAGCAUUGGGGAGUUGAAUAAGCCUAAUAUGAAGACUGAUUAA